UAGGGGUGGAGCUCUUCACUGAUACCGACAGUGACGACGAGCAAAGAAGACAAGCUCACUAUGGUUCACCUAACGACAACAUUCUGUCGCUUAUCCUAUUUCGGACAAGAUUAAAGUUUCCUAUAUGUUUUUCCACUUUACUCAUCUAGUUUCUUGCGGCGGACUGUCUUUACGUACAAGCAGCCGUUAACCGCGAUUAACGCCAAUUGGACCGAAUACGAAAGCGGAAGAACUUUAAGUUAGCAGCAUAGUGCAAUAUUAGUUAGCUAACGUUAAAGUAGUUAGCUUUAAUAGUAGCUGAUACAUCGUUGCGCUGUAGCAGCUAGCAGGCAAGCGUGCUCCCUUCACUGUCAUGCUCGGAGUUUCUCGAGAUUUCCCUGCAUGAACGAGAAUACCUACAGUACUUAACGUUAGCUUGUUAGCUUUCAAACGCCCAGCAGCAGUUUGUACCACCGCCGAGGCGUAGGCAGGGCGGACUUGGACUAACUCACAGCUGAGGUUUGUGCUUUCCUUCGGCGACCUGUGUUUCAGCCGAUCGCUCACUCACAAAUCCUAGACUUUCUGAUGAGAUGAGACGGAGCUUGCCACACUGAGUUUCUGCGAAAUGGUGGUGGAGCUGUAACACAGCCAGAGCUUUAAAAUAAGACGUCUCAGUCCGGCUCACAAGGAGUGUCAGCCUUUAGCUUUGCCAAAAAAUCAUCCGUCAAGACUGAAGAAAUGCUGACAGACAACAGGAAACGACAUCGUAGCUGUGACAGUGAGGAGGACCAACAGCUGAGUCCUCAGGCCAAGAGGUCAGGAGGGGGUCCCACCCUGCUUGUCUCAGAUUUGGAUUCAGAGUCUUCCAGCAGCGACAGCAGUAAUGGGAUCAGUAGUCCAGAGAGAGCAAUAGUGGUCAGCGCCAGGCCAUGCAUACACAGCCAGAACAACCGCAUCACCCAGUACUCCCUCAGCCCAAAGACCGAAGAGUCUGCUAGCUCUUUGCAGCAUAGUUUCCAUGGCGACAGCAGCGGUGUCUCCUAUGACCACAUCAACAGAGUCCUGAGGGAAGCACACUUCAGUAGUCUGCAGACAAGAGGGCGUCCAGGCUCGACAUGACCGUGACCUCUGCCCCCCGCCCCCCACUCCCGACCUUUUGUCCCUUGCCCAUCAGUGCUGACACGACUGGCACGGCGGCUCCUCCUUGAAAGCCUCAAGCGACACACUCGGGUCAGGAGGAAGGGGAUGAUGUGUGGGGAGGUUUACAGAUUUUGGGAGCAAAGGCUCAUCCCCACCUCACCAUGUACCAUUUGUCAAGACCAUAAGCACAUCCGCCUAUCCAUGGCCCAGCCACUGUGGUUUUCUGUGCAGUAUUGAUGUGUUUGUGUGUAUGUGAGUGUGUGUGUGCACGCACGCACGCACCCUGUGCACUUUAUAAAGAGGUAUCAUUCUCUUUACAUGCGUGCGUUGAUGCGUGAACAUUUUCAUUGGUGCUAAUCACAAGGAAAGUGUGAUGAUCCAAAGUGCUUGCAAAACUAAAUAAAGCUAAGCACUUUACUCAGUAAAUCCUCAUUCUGUUUACUCUCGACUGGGGAAGUCAGUCGCAUGUUUGCAUUUGUGAAGUGGGAGUUAUAGUGAUCUCGUUCACAAAGGAAGUUCAUGGAGGCCAAUGGAUUCACUCCCAAGGAGCAUUAUUAAAACGAUCCAGAAAUAACAUUUUAGGCCUUAUUUGUUUUCUCUAACCAAAGUGGUGCAGUUAAAGUAUAGUGUAUUUGCAGUUGCUUUCACUAUCUAAAUGAAUCCGUUUUGGUGUGGCAGGUUAGCGGGUUCAAGGUAUAGGAAAUGAGAUUCUUCAUUAGUCUCACCACCAAAAUCCAACCUCAGAUUAGACCCUGGCUAAUUAUAGAGCUGUGAGAGCAGGCACAGGAGUGUGCGGCUCAGGCUCAGCACAGUGCUCUUGACAAAAACAGCCUCCAGUAAAGGCUCUCUAAAUCACUUUGUAACCACGUGUUUACUUCUUUAACAUUUUACACAACAUAUGUAUAUGUGUGUGUCGUAAGCCAGUCGGCCAUACAUGUUCACGUAUGGUGUAAUAUGACCAGCACACUGUGUUGCAAAUAAAAUGCGAGAUGUGAAAGUGA